ACAAUCAGUCAAGCCACCUCUAUUUCUAUUCUCCUAUCCACCUAGAGGAACUUCUAUGCAACACCUGAGAAUUCACGGAGACACAGAGGAGCCCGAAGCGCCUUCCUUUGAGAAACCAUGGGCCGAACGAAAAGUCGAGCUGAGCAGCGCGAUAGCUGGCGCAACACUCGUGAUCAAGAUGCUACCGACAUGCCCAGAAAGAAGUUCUAUCGGCAAAGAGCACACGCGAACCCCUUCUCCGACCACCGUUUGGCUUACCCUCCAAGGCCAGACUGCAUGGACUGGUCAUCCUUUUACCCGGGCUUUGUUGCGAACAGAGACGAUCAGACUACGCUAUCAACCCCUGCGAGCGAAGCACUUCCCACAGUAAAACCUCUGACCCAGAGUGUCGAGGUUGUAGACAUUGGGUGCGGGUUCGGCGGCUUACUUGUAGCACUUGCACCUUUGUUGCCCAAUAAACUUAUCCUUGGUUUGGAAAUACGAGCCCAAGUAUCCGAAUUUGUGCAGGAGCGCAUACGAGCCCUGCGAGCCCAGAACGUCGACACAGCUUUAUACCAAAAUAUCGCCUGUCUCAGGGCCAACACCAUGAAAUUUCUUCCCAACUUCUUCGCUAAAGGCCAAUUAUCUAAAAUCUUCAUCUGCUUCCCCGAUCCGCAUUUCAAGACCCGGAAACAUAAGGCCAGAAUCGUAUCGCCAACGUUGAACUCGGAAUACGCGUAUGCACUUCGUCCAGGCGGUAUAAUUUACACGAUCACGGAUGUUGAAGCUUUACACCGAUGGAUGGUCGAGCAUUUGGAAGCUCACCCUUCAUUUAUUAGAUUGACAGCCGAGGACGAAGCUUCGGAUGAGUGCGUCAAGGUCAUGAAGUCCGAGACGGAGGAAGGCAAGAAGGUUGAGCGGAACAGCGGCCACAAAUUUGUGGCUAUAUUCCGUAGACUGGAAGACCCCUCUUGGUGA